GAAAGAAAUCUAGAGGAGGAGGUGAAAGAAAAAAUGGCCAGUUCUCAGGGACAGCUGACCUUCAGGGAUGUGGCCAUAGAAUUCUCUGAGGAGGAGUGGGGACGCCUGACCCACACUCAGCGGCAACUGUACCGGGAUGUGAUGUUGGAGAGCUAUGGACACCUCCUCUUCUUGGGUCUCACUGUGUCAAAGCCAGACCUGAUCAUGUUUUUGGAGGAAGGGAAGUGGCUCUGGGAUGUGAAGAGAAAGGAGACCGGAGGCUUCCAUCCAGUUCUCAUCUUCCAAGGAAAAUCUGGGAUGCAUGAGUUCCCCCGAGUGCAGCAGGGCAUCGAAUGCCAUUGAUGGAGCAAAAGUCAGGCUCACGGAUUCAUGCACACAGUACAAGGAUCGUCUUCUUUCUACUUAGUCUUGAUGACUGACUAAAUGUGGGACCACGUUUAGCGUAUCUGAAUGGGUUUUUGGCCUCAU